UCUAUCUCUCUCCCCCCUCUCCAUCCCCCUUCACCCCUCCCCGCGACUUGACCCGACCCUACCCCGAGCGGCACGGGCACCGCUUCGAAAAGUGGGAUCGUCCUCUCGCUCAGUGCGUACGUGAACUGGAACUGUAUCGGACGACGACGCCAGAGCAGCAACACCAGGACGCGAUCCGACCGACGUCCGCUGACCGACGUCGACCUCCACGGCGAAGAGGAAGGAGCCGGUGCUGCCGGCGCGAUUUCCCUCCGCCCGUCGCGCCCAGCUAGAUGGAUAAAUGACGAUGAACCAGCAGUGCAAGGUGUGCGGCGAGCCCGCCGCGGGCUUCCACUUCGGCGCCUUCACCUGCGAGGGCUGCAAGUCAUUCUUCGGGAGAACCUACAACAAUAUGAACUCGAUUUCGGAAUGCAAAAACAACAACGAGUGUAUUAUCGACAAGAAGAAUCGGACGUCCUGCAAGGCGUGCCGCCUCAAGAAGUGCAUCGAGGUCGGCAUGUCCAAGAGCGGCUCCCGCUACGGCCGGCGCUCCAACUGGUUCAAGAUUCACUGUCUGCUGCAAGAGCAGCAGCAGCAGCAACAGCAACACCAGCAGCAGCAGCAGAACGGGCAGGACGGGGGCGGCAUGGGCGGCGGCGGGCUGCCCCUGGGGGCGGCGUCACUGUUCGGCGGCGCGCCACCCGGCCUCUACCCGCCCUCCUUCUUCGCCGGGCUCAACGGAGCCUUUCCCGUGCUGCCGUCGUCUCCGCUGCCCAAGCGCCGCAAACUCGAGUCCAGUAGCUCCGACGACUCCUCGGGCGCGUCCUCCGUUGACGACGAGACCGCCGCCAUCACUGCAGGGCUCAUGUCACGACUGCACGGGGGCCCGCGGCCACCGCCGCUGUACCACGGGCCGGCGGCGCCCCCGCACGGAUCGCCGCAGGACCAGCCCAUCGACCUGUCGGUGCGCGGCCGCCCCAAGUGCUGCUCCGAUUCCGCACCCACCUCGCCGCCCUCGGCGGCCGGCGACUGCGACGAGGCGCUCGACAGCACCGACGCCGCCGACCGCCAGCGACGGGACGGUCGGUCGACGCCUCUCGACCUCACCAACAAGAGGGCGGCCGAAGUCCCCCAGUUUGGCUGAGGCCCACUUGACCUUCCUACACCAGAUGAACUCAUAUAAGCAACGGUUGAACCACCUCCUCUGCUUGUCCUCAACUGGGCUAAGGAAUUGUUUCGGGGUGAUCGACCAACGCCUCGCGAUCUCACCAACAAGAGGGGUACCGAAGUCCCCCAGUUUGGCUGAGGUCCACUUGACAGACCGACACCAGGUGAACUCGUAUUGGCAGCGGUUGGACUGCCUCCGCUGCUUGUCCUAAACUACGAUUAAUGAAUUGUUUCGAGUUGAACGGUAACGCCUCUCGGCCUCACCAGCAAGAGGGUGGCUGAAGUAUCCCAGUUUGGCUGAGAGCCAUUUGACCUGUCCGACACCACAUGAACUCACAUUGGGAGCGAUUGGAUUGCCUCGCCUGCUUCUUCUCAGCUACCAUCAAGGAAUUCUUUCAGGGUGAUCGACCAACGCCUCUCGAUCUUCCCAAAAAGAGGGUGACCGAUUUCCCCUGACCGUCUGACACUACGUGAAAUUAUAUCUGCAGGGGUUGGAUUUGCCUCCUCUGUCUGUCCGCAGUCACGGUGAAGGAGUUAUUUUGGGAUCGUCAGUCGGCUCCUCUCGACCUCACCAACAAGAUGACUGCCGAAGACCACUUGAGUGUCUAACGCUACGCAGGCUCAUAUCUGCAGCGGUCUACUUGUAUUCAACUGCGGCUAAGGAUUAGUUGUGGAAUAUUCGUUCGCAAUAAACUCGUAAUGAUAGUGCACUCGGGCUGGAAGAAACUGGUUCAUUUUCUGCUGCAGUAAAAAAAAUAAACUGACGGCAUGUAACAAUUUGAGGAACGGCCUGAUACUAGUUUACAUAUUUUUAUGCAAGUGUGCUUCCAUAUCUGAACUGACAGUACCAUAGAGGAUGCGAGAUCCAUCCCUAGUACUGCCAAAUAUUUUGUGUCGAUAAGAGGAGUAGACUGAUGUACACCUAGUGAAGACAGUUGAGUAGCUGCAGCUCCCAAACUGUCAUUAGUGGAUCACGGGGAGAAUGUUAUGCUGGGGAAAAGUUCAUUCAGUAGUUUUGUGUGCAGACGUCUUAGAAUGAAACAAUGACUUCUACACAUUUACCUGUUCUCUCGACCUGAUCAUUGAUUAUUUUGUAUGUUGUUACAUAUGUGCGGAUUUACACCGUCUUUCAAUGCUUAUCUUGUAAGUACGAAACUCCAGCUGCAUCCAGUUCUAUUCUCCCCCUGAAGUUUCAACUGCAAAGUGUUUGAAUAUUAUCUGAAUCCACUCUCUGAAUAAAGAGAGGUGUAAACAUUUCGCAGCCGUAGCUGCAGUUGAAACAAGAAAAUGAUUAUAGCUGCGCAACCGAAAUGUCGUUUGAGCAAUCAUUUCACAGGUAAAACUUGAAGAUGCACGAUGUGCGCAUAUCUGUCGAUGCUCAGAAUAUGUGAAAUGCCCCAGCGAAAGACACCAUAAGUUUACCAACUAGGUGCCAUCUUACGUUAAUGAUAGAAAGCACCACUUGAUGCAGGACUGCAGGUAUCUUCUGUUCUCCCAUUUCACAGAAGACUUUAUUCCAGACAUCUUUCAGAAUUCCGAAACAGCAUCUCGUACGGGCUGUUCUUACAUUGCACUAGCGAAGUAAACGAAAUAACUACGUACUGCGUCUUACGCACCUCCAAGUGCUUCCAGUACCUUAACGCCAUAGAUAAGCUGAUAGGGUACUGCGAAGCUCUGUUUUGAGAUUUCUAUGAAGUAAUUCGCAUCAGCAAUAACUAGGCCGAAGGCAGCUACUUUGGGGAGACCAAAUGCUUGACAGACGGAAAUCGUGAGGACACGAUUAGGACUGAAUGGCUAGUCUCGUCGCCGUGUCCAAGGGGAUGCCUGUUUUCAAUUUCAUGCGCAGUUCAUUACGGAGUGCCCUCACCUACCACUAAUACUUCUUUAAUGGGCAGUGCUGAAAAGCAAUCUCCUAUCGCGAGGUUAAUUUACGAAGCAACUGAGAAAAUGAAAUUGACUAAAGCUAAUGUAUUUUAAAGGACCGAAUUUAUCACGCUUGCCAUUUUAAAUUAACGCCUUGAGUGGCUCACUCUUAUUGGACCGGUAAUGACCCGGAACAGGGAGGCCAUACCUAGCUGUUAAUAUCAUCUCAAUUCCUUUUAAUGAAGACAUGAUACACUUUCGUACAGCUCAGUUCAUUAGGAAAGCAUCACAUUCAUUUGCAUAAUGGAUCUCUGGUAACGACGUACUCAUCUUGCUGGCGAUCAGGAUUACCAAACCUAUAGCAUACAGCGCUUGUGGCACUGGAAAACGGGGCCUGCCAAGGAGUGCAAGAUAUAUGCCGAUAAUUGGCAGCGAUAGCUACGAACGCGCUUUAUUUGCGUAUCCAAACGGGGAUUACGAAAUUCCUUGUGAAUCUGCUUUAUUUCAGUAGCUACAGAUACUCUCUGUUAAGGUUUCCUUGAGUGAAAUAGUGAAAACUCGACUCUGCAGAUGUUUAUUCCUUCCUAAUUGAAGGAACGCUUUAAAUGGCCAGUUUUUUUUAUUAAAUAGAUUACGUUGUCUGCUUCUUUUAGUAUUUAUCAGCAUUACAAAAACUCGAAUUAGCAGAUAUUCUAUACUGAUUUUUUUUACAACGAAAACUGAAGCCUCCUUAAAGGAAUUUUUUUAGGCUUACUACCGCAUGUUCUUUACCGGAGGCAUAUAUUUUUGUAUGAUAAUAUUACUCGAUUUCAUGUGUGUUAAGAGAAUUGUAAAUACUUACUUUUGUUGCAUAUUCUUUAGUAUCUUGUUUGCUUUUUUGUAAAAUAUUAUGUAUUUUGUUAUUAUUUAAGUAAUUCAAUGGAGCAGAUGAGUUUCAUAGCGUACUGAUAUACGCACUUCGUGCACUGUUCCUUGGGAAACAUUUACGUCCACUUUCACUGUUGGAGCUCCAACGUAUCAAAAUAAGGCCAGUAAUCAACAAAAGUAUUGUUUCACAAUAAAAUGUUAUUCGUGCUUAAAA